UCCCGCACACGCAGGCGCGGAGCGGGACUACACUUCCCAUCAUGCACGUGCGGCAGCCGGAAGGGCACUCAGCAUGGAGGCGGGCGAGGCGCGGCCGCGCGCCCACCUGGCCGCGCUGGUGCUGGCGCGCGGCGGCAGCAAGGGGAUCCCGCUGAAGAACAUCAAGCUGCUGGCGGGUGUGCCGCUCGUCGGGUGGGUGCUGCGCGCCGCGUUGGACGCCGGCGUCUUCCACAGUGUGUGGGUUUCUACAGACCAUGAUGAAAUCGAGAAGGUUGCAAAGCAGUUUGGUGCCCAAGUUCAUCGUCGAAGCCCUGAAGUAUCUCAAGACUCCUCUACUUCUCUAGAAGCUAUCAGAGAGUUUCUUAAUCAUCAUCAGGAGGUUGAUAUUGUAGGAAAUAUUCAAGCAACAUCUCCCUGUUUACAUCCCAGUGAUCUUAUAAAAGUGGCAGAUCUGAUCCAGAAAGAGGGCUUUGAUUCUGUCUUCUCUGUUGUGAGACGGCAUCAAUUUAGAUGGAGCGAGGUAAAAAAAGGAGAAAAUAAAAUGACAGAGCCCCAAAACCUGAAUCCAGCAAAACGGUACCGGAGGCAAGACUGGCCUGGGGAGCUGUAUGAAAAUGGAUCAUUUUAUUUUGCAAAGAGGCAUUUGAUUGAGAAGGGCUACUUGCAGGGUGGUAAAAUGGCCUACUAUGAAAUGCGUGCUGAACAUAGUGUGGAUAUUGAUAUAGACAUUGACUGGCCUAUUGCAGAGCAAAGAGUACUGAGCUUUGGGUAUUUUGGCAAGGAACCAUUAAAGGAAGUGAAGCUAUUGGUUUGCAGUAUUGAUGGAUGCCUGACAAACGGUCGCAUUUAUGUCACAGAAGAUCAGAAGGAAAUGGUCUCCUACGAUUAUAGAGAUAUUGUUGGUAUAAAUCUGCUAAAGAAAAGGGGAAUCGAGGUUCGACUAAUCUCUGAAAGAGAUUGUUCAAAAACACUGCCAGCCAUGCAGCUGGGAUGUGUAGCAGAAGUUAAUGCAACAAAUAAAUUACAAAUCCUGGAAGACUGGCGAAAAUGCAUUGGCUUGAGCUGGAAAGAAGUUGCUUACUUAGGAAAUGAAGAGUCUGAUGUGGAAUGCCUGAAGAAAGCUGCCAUGAGUGGUGUGCCUGUUGAUGCUUGUGCAGUUGCUCAGAAGGCUGCUGGUUACAUUUGUAAAAGCAGUGGUGGUUGUGGAGCUGUCCGGGAGUUUGCAGAACACAUAUUCCUGUUGUUAGAAAAAGUGAACUCUGCAAGAAAGCAAAUGGAUGACAUGAAUUCAGCAGGAGAGGAUACAGGGGGGAAAUGAGAGUAGCAGAAGUGGAAAUAAUGAACUAGUUAAAAAAGUAACACUGCAGUCGUUCUUCUCCACUUUUCAUCUUCUCCAUUCCCCCCUCAGUAAGCCUUUAUCCCAACGGAGGGCUGCCUUUCAAAUUUUAUACCACAGUAGAGUUAAAAGGAUGUUUCCCUCUAAUUUAAGAUUCCAUUCUGAUUAAAUGCUAGUAUCUGUGAUAGUAUUCAUGAUUAUUGUAAAAGCCAGUUAAGUGCAAUGGAAGGAAUACUAGAAAAAGUAGUGUCUUGUAAAUCUACUCUAAAUCAUUCCUUUUGGACAAGUGUAAUGGUGUAUCUUUAUUUCACAAUACAAAUAUUUUCAGGGAAUAAUGAUUUUUUAUGAUUUGUGGAUAUGUAAUUCAGACUUCCAAAAAAUUUGUUCUGUCAGUUGAGCGGUUAUUUACAUUUUCCUCUAUCUUCUAUAUAAUGCAGUUGUGUGCUAGCUUGUCGUGAGACACAUCUCUAGGAAGGAAGAGUUUUAGCAUAUACUGGAGAAGUUGGGUGUAAAAUAACUACCAAACAUUUUCCUAUAUUUUGAAAAGUUUAGUUACUGUAAAGCCAACAAAUACUGACACUGACUAACAAAAGCAUUUAAGCAUGUGUUCAAUUUUGAGCUAAGUAAUUAAGCAGCAUUUGGAAUUAUGCCAUCUUAACCUUUGAAUCUGUUUAUAUGGGGUUUUAUUUAAGUGCUUAAAUUAGCGUACCUAUAUGCUUUGCCAAAUUUAGAACUAAAUCUCCCAUUAACUUUGAAAUCUUUCCUUUGCAGAAACUCUGUUUCUUUCUAUGAAGUCUUUAUUACAAUCACUAAUGAGCUAAAGGGAAAAAAAAAAAAAAAAAAAGUAAAGAAAAUGUUCUUUAAUGUUUAUUGUAUGGAAAAGGAAUUGCUGUGGAAGAAAAAAUCAUAGUUGACAUUUCCACAAAUUUUUAUAUAAAAUACGUAUUCAGACUAUUUUUAGCAUGUUAAUUUAAAGUUGGUGUAUAUGUGUAUUUGUAUUUAUGUAAAAUACAAUUUUUCCCAUUUUGAUCUGAACAAUUCAAUGAACUGUAAACAUUUGUAUAACUGACACUAAAAAUAUGCAUCUGUUUUCAAUCCUAGUAUUUACCAGUGAGUCAGGCUCAGCCUUGAGUUACACUAAAAAAAAUAAUAAAAAAAUGGCACUGGCACACAGGCAGUUAUUGCAGAGGUGAAUAAUAAUGGUUUGUCAUUUUAUUUUAUGACUCUCAACAUAAAAUUCUCUGCAUCUCUUCCUGUUAUAAGAUCUACUGUUAUACUCCUCUCUGAUUAACUUUGUGUUGACUUCCCUUUAUAAAGCAAAGUUUUAAAUUUGAAAGUAUUUUACUGCCUUUAGUAGUAAGGUUAACAGGUGAACAGUUGAAGGUGAAUUAGCUGCACUAGUCCCCUCUUAAAACUAGUCCCCUCUUAAAUUAUCAUCCAAAUAUUUCUUUCAUUGAGGUUUUAGGGAUUUGCAUGAGAUAAAUUCAAUGGAUAACGAGCUAUUUUGGACAGAACUAUUAACUUUAAAAUGAUUUUUCUACCUAUAAUACUCAUAUAAACUAUGUGAUAAAUUGCAGAAGUCCGGAUUGUUUGAACAAUUCAGUUUUAAUAAUGUCAUUGAAAAUUGGCCAAGUUUUUAGUUACUUCACCUUGUCACAGUCAAGUAACUCGCGAACUUUGGUCUCAGGAACAGUUUCCUGUUAAUAGGCAGGCUUAGAGAAAUUGUGGUGAACUUGAUUUCUAUUCCUUAAGUGCAACUAUAAUAGAAAUAUGAGCUGUUGACACUAUUGCCAGGGUUGCUGUUUGAAUCAGGAACUCUUCUAAUGUUUCAGCUACUUGCUGGAUGUACUGCAAAUGCAGUGGUUAUACCCCAAACCUCUACAUGUAUCAAAAAUAAAUGCAGAAACUUUAAUAUGAGUGUUCAUAAGGGGCAGAAAGAAAGGGUAGCUGAUACAUGUUUUCACUUAGACAAAUUCUUGUUAGAAAAAUCGGGUAUAAUCUUAACAUCGAACAUGUCAAACGACAAUGAAUGAUGAACUCUACAGACAGUUUGCAAAAUAAAGGCUGUCUGAGGAUAUGGGAAAUUCACAAUCUAUUGCCUGAAAGAUUCAGUUUUGUAUUGCUCACACUGCAAGGGAAAUCCUGACUAUAAAAUUACAGUAUCUUGAGGGGUGCCUCCAUUGCUCCUUGUGAUUUUACAGAAGCUCUUCAAUCAUAGGGAGGGUUUAGUGUCACAGAGGGACAGAGACAGUGAGGAUGAAUGUAACAGUCACCAUAAAAGUGAAAUCCUGGAUCCUGGGCAAGCUUGAAACAUGUAGUAUCUUUUGCCAACUAUUGUUUCACUACAUAUCUGGCACCACAAUUGACUUUCAUUAAAGUCAAUUUCAUUAAAUUCAUUCGGACAAAUUUCAGUGGUCAUUUUUGUUAUAGCGGGCUAACUUGGGAAUAAUGCUGCUUGGUCAUAGAACUUGAAAAAAUGUGCAGAUUUGUUUCUCAAGUUUUUUUUUUUUGUUUUGUUUUUUAAACAUGUCAGCCUGUUAUGAAAAUAUCUCCCAAAAAGCUAAUGUGGGCUGUUUAUCAUAAUUUUGUGAAACUGAAAAAGGAAAACUACAUAAUUUAUAUUAAGCCAUCUUAAAAUAUAGCUGGUUAAUUGAAAUUUGCAAUAAUCAAUUUUCUUCAGCCUUUUAGAUAGAGAAUGGUUAUGGAGUGAUUUGUCAUGCAUUUGCAUAUGGUAAAUGGUAUCCUUCCAAGUUCCUGUGCCACGUGAAUGGAAUAUAUCCCAUGAACGUAGACAGAUGUAACGAAUGCCUAAGUUACUCAUAAGGUGCACAAUCAGUUGCCCAACAUCUUUGCCCUGAUCUGCUGUUGGAGUCAGAUCUUCAGUGUUUGUGUGUGUGGUUAUUGCCUGUUAAAUAAAUUUCUCCUUCACUUGCA